UUAAGCAGUAAUUCUCUACUGUUAAAGACAGUAACUCUAGAGAAAAACUGUAUUUCACCACCACCAAUCUCUUCUCUCUUCAACAAACAUCCAAGAUCAAAUGGCUCGCCAAAUUGUUGUUGUUGCUGCUGCUUUGGUUUUGAUUGCCCUUGUUGGGUCGGUUUCCGCCGCUUCUCCGGCUUCCAAGCCUACGUCCGGCGACUCACCUGCCCCCGCACCCGGUGGUGCUACUUCGAUCGGAGCUGCUGCAGGCGGUUCUCCUUCCUCCCUUGCUUCCGCUCCUGGUCCUAGCAGUGAUGCCACCGCCGCACUUGAUGUCUUGGCGAUCGGAGGAGUCGGAGUAGCCGUCGUUGCCGGCUACUUUUUGUUUUAAAUGCGUUUAAGAAUGCCAUAGCUUUUCUCAUUUUGAUAUGAGAAGGAAAAGUUACAUUUAUUAAUCAUGUUAUGAUUUACAGAAAUUGUUGUUCAUCAAUAAAUAAAUGGGAUCGAUUGGUGCAUACUAAAAA